AUGAGCCGCGUCGUGUACGGAGACGCCCGAGAUUACAAGCGCAAGGAGACCGCUGCAAAGGAGGGGAAAGGACUCAAGCAUUUCAACUACUUCCUGGAAAACUAUUGCUUGCAAAUCAACGUCCCCGUCGUGACAGGGGAUAAGAUCCCUUACCACGGUCUACUCAUCAAAGCGAAGGAUUUCAAUGAGAACGACCUCCGGGAAGUUUACUCGUUCUGGGACUCCAUGAUGGCCGCCUUCACCACUUACAUGGGCUAG